AGAGAGGCAGCCACUGUCAAGGCAGUUCUCUUCCCUCUAGGGAGGGCCGGGGCAAAAAGGCAAAUCCCUGCCUAACUCACCUUGCAAUUGAGACUCCAACUGCUGGCUUUUCAGAAGGUCUUGAAGUCUAGUCUAGGGAAACGCACUUUGGGAGGGUGGGGCUCAGAGACUGGCCCUAGUUCUGCUGACUGGCUAGCUAUGCGUACCCAAGGAUGUCACCAGAUGUCCCGUUCACCUUAAUUGUUAAAUGAGAAGGCCAGGGAGGAUGGUCUGAGAGUGCAGAUAAGAAGGGGUGAGACCUGUGCAAGAUGGGGAACCCGGAGGGCUGGAGUGGUUUGGGAGAUCAGCUUCACCUGCUCAUUGAAGGAUGGGGAAGGCCAAGGGCCCUCCAGCGUGGGUGGGCCUUGAGCGCAGAGAGCUGGAGUCUCUUGGGCUGCUCCUGCACAGUGUGCUCAGUGUUGCCGAGGCCUCAGAGAUGCUCCUCAGCCUUCCUGCAUCAGCCUCGUGUGCUCCAGCCCUUGAGUGGUUGCCUGCAGGGUCCUGGCUGUAGCCUGCUUGUCUGCGCAAACGUCCCUUAAACGCUGAGCGUGUGGAAACCCUCUCUAAUGGCCGUGGACACCUCUGAAGUGAACAUGCAGGCGGUACCCCCUCACCCCUUGACCUUUCUUAUGGCCUGCAGGGGUGCUCGUCCCACCCUGGUUCUCCCCACAGCCUGAUGCAUGCAGUGAAUGCCAAAGAGGCCAUGUGUGUGCCUUCUGCCUGCACCUCGGACUGCCCUUGGGGGCAUGCGGCAAGUUAACACUCAGUUCUUCUGUCUGAACACCCACCAGUCAAAAGGAGAAGGCAGAGCCCCUGAGCAGCGGAAGACAGAGCCCACCCAGCUGAAGACCAAGCACCUGAGAGAGUACACCCUCAAAUGCCACUCAAGCAUGCCCCGAAACAACACCUAUGUCAACUUCGAGCGUUUUGCCCAUGUGGUGGAGGACUUGGCUCGGGUGGACCAGGGAUGCCGUGCCCUGGCGGGGGCCCACGAUACCAUCCAGGAUGACGUGGAGGCCCUGGUCUCCAUCUACAAUGAAAAGGAAGCUUGGUACCGAGAGGAGAAUGAGCGCACCCGACACGACCUGUCUCAGCUCAGGUAUGAGUUCCGCAAGAUGGAGUCCUUGAAGAAGCUCCUGCGAGAAGACAUCCAGGCUGCAGGGGCCAGCCUUGGAGGGGUGGCCAGGAAAUUGGACCAUCUGCAGGUUGAGUUCGAGGCUCUGAGGCAGGAGCUGUCAACAGACCUACAGUGGAUCCAGGAACUGGUGGGCAGCUUCCAGCUGGAGAGUGGGAGCUCAGAGGGCCCGGGCUCUGCGUUCCACCGGGACACCAGUGUAUCCCUGUCGGAGCUGCUGAACAGAUCAUGCUCUGAGGAAGUCCUGGCCAGCUGGAAGCUCUGAGCACCCGAAUCCAGUCAGUGAUGCAUCCUGGAUGGUUUGCAGAAGCACGUUCUCAUCCGCCCUGCUGCGGCAUGCAGCUAGAAUUAAUUAUCCUGCAGGGGUGUGUGUCUGUAGCAUAGCCUUCCACCCCCUCCACAGAAGCCAGAAUCGCAGAGGUGCUGGUUCAUUAUUCAUUCUGCACCUCCCGCACCAAUCUGGUUUUCUGAGAGGGCGCUGGCAGGGCAGCCAAGCUGUUAAAACAAUUAGAGAAUGAAUACCCCUUAGUGUACCCUUCUCCAGAGGGAGGACGGCUGGCCCUGGGGAGCUGCUGGAUAAUUGA